AUGGAAAAUAUCAGUAUGCCUGGUACUGGCUCUGAACCUACCAAUUCUUCAGUUCAUGGAGCAACAGUGGUGGAAGCCCAAACUGUUGAAACAAAUGCUCAACAGAAUGUGCUGCCUACUACUGUAGUUCCUGAGAAGAAAAGAAAACACGUUGAGUUCAGAUCUAAGGUUUGGGAUCAUUUUCAGAGGCUGUCUGAUAUUAAUGAUGUUAUUACAGAAGCUAAGUGUAUCUAUUGUGCAAAGAUAUACAAAUCUCAAACCAAAAAGCAUGGUACUUCAACUUUAAGGGCCCACGUACUUAGUUGUCUGAAAAACCCUCACUCUAAAGACACUAGGCAGUCUCUUUUGACAUUUCAAGCUGUUGUCAACUCUGAUUCAGAUGAACCAACUGUUGGAGAGUUAGGGACUUGGGUAUUUAGUCAGGAUUCUAUUAGGAGAGCCUUGAUAGAAAUGAUUAUAAUAGAUGAGCUUCCCUUUAUAUUUGUGGAGGGCCAAGGGUUUAAGAGGUUUAUUGCAGUGGCUUGUCCUAGGUUUAAAAUUCCAUCUAGGUGGACAGUCAGUAGGGACAUCCAUGUUAUUUAUGAAGAAGAGAAACUGAAGUUGAAGUGUUUGUUUAGGGGAAACACUCAAAGAGUCAGUAUUACAACUGACUCUUGGACAUCUAUUCAAAGGAUCAAUUAUAUGGUAGUCACUGCACAUUUUAUAGAUGAAGACUGGAAGCUACAUAAAAAAAUUAUCUCUUUUAUCCCUGUCACAUCACACAAGGGUCAGUAUAUUGCAAAAGCUCUUGAAAAUUGUUUGCUUGAGUGGGGGCUUAGGAAUGUGUUUACUGUGACAGUAGAUAAUGCUUCAUCAAAUGAUACUGCCCUUGGUUUUUUAAAAAGGAAAUUGUUGUCUUGGGGAUCAUCUACUGUGAAGUGUAAGUAUCUUCACAUGAGAUGCAUUGCCCAUAUUCUGAAUUUGGUUGUUCAAGAUGGUCUGAAAGAGUGUGAUACUGCUGUAAAGAAGGUUAGGGAGGUUGUUAGAUAUGUCAGAAACUCACCUGCUAGGUUGAAGAAAUUUAGGGAUUUGUCAGACUUAAUUGGUAUUGAGCAGAAAUCUUCUCUGUGUCUUGAUGUGCCAACAAGGUGGAAUUCCACCUAUUUGAUGUUAAAGUCUGCUGUUAUAUAUCAGAAAGUGUUUGAGGCCUAUGAGGAGAGUGACAAUUCAUUUAAAUCUGAUUUAGGUGAUUCUAUUCCUGAAUUACAUGAUUGGGAUUCUGUGAACAGUUUGGUCACAUUGUUGAAAUGUUUCUAUGACAUGACUAUCAGAAUUUCAGGGUCCUUGUAUGUGACAUCUAAUACCUUUUUUUCUGAGAUAUCUGAUCUGUUCUGUAUCUUGAAAAGCAUGGUGGAAGCUGAUGGGGCUGUGAAACUAAUGGGGGCUAACAUGAAAGCAAAAUUUGAAAAAUAUUGGGGUGAUAUAGAUAAAAUGAACUAUAUGAUUUUCUUUGCAAACAUUUUAGACCCCAGGGACAAGUUAGAAUAUAUGCCAACUCAGAUAAAUCAUAUGUAUGGUGAGGUAAAAGGCAAAACUUACCUUGAGAAUUUGUUGACUGCUCUGCAUGAAUUGUUUGAUGAUUAUGCUGUCAGUUACAGUCAAUCUGGUUCUGUUUCUGGUUCUAGUUCUAGUUCUAGUUCUGGUUCUGGUUCUGUUGGUUCUUCUAUUGAGACUGUUCAGUCUGCAUCUGCCCCAGUUGGGAAGCCACAACAUUGGUUGAAGUCCCAAAUUAAGAAACAAAGAAUGGAAAGUGGUGGGAGGAAAAAAACUGAGUUGGAACAUUAUUUAUCUGAGGCAAUAGUUGAAGAGGAAAAUUCAUUUGAUAUAUUGAGAUGGUGGAAGGUUAAUUCUGCAAGAUUUCCUAUCCUAUCUAAGCUUGCUAGGGAUGUCUUAGCUAUACCAAUCUCAACUGUUGCCUCAGAGUCUGCCUUCAGUACAUCUGGGAGGGUUUUAGAUUGUUUUAGGAGUUCUUUAACUCCUAAAAUUGUGGAAGCCUUGGUUUGUACUCAGGAUUGGCUUAGGCUGCCAAAUACCCCUCUAUCAAUUGAGGAAAAUCUGGAAGAAUUAGAAAGAUUUGAGAAAGAGUUUACUGUUGAGGGUGGAAAUACAUCUGGUGGGAGGACUGCUGGUUCUUCACUUGCAACAAUUCCUGUAAUUGUCUUCUCUAUACUUUAUAUGAUAGUAAUGAUAUAUCUUUUAAUCUUUUACUGA